AUGGCGACGCGGUCGCGCAACGGGGUGGACCCCGGGUUCCGGGUCUUCCCCAACAGCGUCGAAAUCAACCCGUACGAGGUCGGCAAGGUCUACACCGCGCGGCUGAGCGUCAAGAAUGUGUCGGGCAAGUACAAGGGAAUCAGGCUCCGGCCGCCGCUUCUGAAGCAAUGGGCGUUGACGCGCGUGGGCUCGGACGAGCCUGCAACAACUACGGUCAAGGUGGCGCCGGGCCUCGAGGUGCACUUCGAAGUGACGUUCACGGGCGAGGAGGAGGUCGAUCUGGCCGACAACGUGCAGAUUCUGACCGAGACCGAUCGCAUCGACGUUCCUCUGCGCGCCCUCGCGCCCUCUCACAAAGUGGUGGUGGAGGGCAACCUGGACUUUGGCGUGGUGGCGCACGAGACGGUCGCGGAGCGCGUCCUGCGCAUCCGAAACACCGGCCCGCGCGAGGCCCCGAUCACGAUCACGUUCGACCGCAGCAUCACGGGCCUGGACGCGGUGUGCGAGGCGGACGUGCUGGCGCCGGCGGGCGAGCCCGGGAGCGAGGCGGACCUGGUGGUGACGUUCCACGGGGAGGAGCUGGGCGUGGUGGGCGGGGGCAACGCGAGCGUGGACGUGCAGUUCGCGGACAAGACGGUGCCGAUCAAGAUCCCGGUGUCGGCGAGCGUGGUGAAGCACACGGUGCAGCUGGUGGGGGACGACGGGGCGGUGCCGGCGGCGCUGGACAUGGGCACGGUGUACACGGGGACGACGGUGGUGCGGCGCGUGCGCCUGCGCAACGCGGGCCCGACGGCGGUGCCGUUCGUGGCGCUGGUGGGCGCGGCGCAGGCGGUCAAGGACGUGGUGCGGCUGGGGCAGCUGGUGGAGGCGGACCUGGCGGAGCUGGUGAGCAGCCGGACGGUGCUGGUGUCGCCGCGGUCGGGCGUGCUGGACCCGUUCGAGGAGCGCGAGGUGACGGUGCGGUUUGUGCCGCCGGUGGUGGAAAGCAAGAAGGGGUUCCUGACGACGCUCAAGGCCGACGGGGAGGUGCGGACGGAGCGCGGGACGCUGCUGGUGGUGCCGCUGCCGCACGACCACCGCCCGGGCGUGGGGCGCGUCGUGCUGUCCAAGGAGGACUCGGAGGCCUCGGGCUGGAGCAACGAGGGCCUCCCGCCGCAGCACCCGCCGCUGACGGUGCAGAUCGAGGGGCGCUCGGUCAAGCCCGGGAUCAAGCUCACGGACCCCGUCCUGGUGUUCGGCGACGUGGCCACGCACGAGCACGCCGACGUCGUGGUGACGGUGCAGAACCUCACGCCCGAGCUCCCGGCCGUGGUCAAGAUGCCGGCCUGCGGGUUCUUCCACCCGGACCAGCCGCUCGUGGCGCUCGGGCCGGGGGCUAGCGCGAGCGUGGUGUACACGUACUGCCCCAAGGCACUCGGGCGGCACAAGACGGAGACCUUCGUGGAGGUGCAGAGCCAGGGCGGGCGGCUCCUGCAGCGCGUGCCCAUCAAGCUGCUCGGGUCGAGCUCGGUGGUCGGGCGGCUGGCCGCGGAGCUGCCGCGCGCGGUGGACGGCCUCCCGCCGGGCGCGGACGCCUUUGGGCGGUCCCGGAAGUUCGUGACGGAGAACCAGGCGGCCACGCUCGGCGGGACGACGGCGCUGGGUCUGUGCACGCAGGCGCACGGGCGGCUGAACUUCGCGCGGAAGCGGACGUGGGACGCGGACGAGCACGCCAAGCAGUUCUUCGCCACGCACCGCCAGCACGCGUCCGAGCACGGGUGGUCGCUCGAGGAGACGGUCGCGCGCGCGAAGCACCGCGAGCACUACGACACGCUGCUGGUGGAGUCGCGCAAGGAGCGCAAGCGGCGCGCGGCCAAGUUGGUCAACCCGCAGGACCCGCUCCAGAUCGGGCUGGAGUCGCACGCGGGGCUGAAGGAGCCGCAGCUGCAGCUGCCGCAGGUCGUGGACCCGCUGUGGCUGCAGGAGAAGGUGCUGGUGCGGCCCAAGCACCGGCCGCCGCUGCCGAACGACCCGAAGCUGCUGGCGCGGUGCCGGUUCAAGCCGCGCCCCGAGAGCGAGAAGGAGAAGGUGGACUGCAAGGCGGUGAUCAUGGGCCCGGAGGUGGCGAAGAUCCAGGCGUGCCGCGUGCUGGACUUCGGGCAGGUGGCGCUCGGGCAGAGCUCGGUGCAGCACUUCACGGUGACCAACGGGCUCGCGCAGAGCAUCCAGGUCCGCGUGGACCUGGUCGAGGGGCAGAGCGUCGAGGUGAAGGAGGUGGCGCCGCGGCAGAUGGUGGUGCCCGCGGGCGCCACGGCGGGGUUCCAGGUCCGCAUCACCACGCACACGCCGGGGAACUUCGCGCAGGACAUCGCGUACACGAUCAACGGGCACCAGUUCUCGUUCCGCGUGGCCGCGGACGUGGUCCCGGUGACGGUGGACAUCUCGAACGAGAAGCUCUACUUCCACUUCACGCCGGACGACUGGCGGGCGUUUGUGGAGCAGUCGGUCUACCUCGACAACCCGUUCGACUUCCCCGUCGUGUACCAGAUGAAGACGACGUCGGAGAUCUUCCAGGUCACGCCGCAGGAGGGCACGAUGGAGGGCCGCGGGCGCGUGACGGCCACGGUGCGCUGGACGCCGCAGGGGCCCAACUCCAAGGGGAGCAACAACGGCGCGCUGCUGGUGCACGUGCAGGGCGGGCUCGAGCCCGUCAAGGUGAACCUCGAGGGCGACCUGCCCGAGGGCAAGAUGGCGCUCAUGUCCAAGGUGGUGGACUUCGAGACGGUGGCGGUGGGGAUGCCGCGCACGAAGACCGUCGUGCUGCGAAACCAGGUGCCGCACGAGUGCCAGUACCAGGUCAUCCCGUCGCCGGGCCUCAAGUGCCACCCCACGCACGGGCGUGUGCCGGCGAAGGGCAGCCUGGAGCUGGAGGUGACGUGCUUCGAGGAGAGCCCGUGCACCAUCACGGGGACGAUCACCAUCAACGUGCGCGGCGGGAAGCAGAUCCGCGCGCCCGUCGUCGGCACCGUCGUCAUGCCGGAGCUCGGGUUCACGCAGUCGGAGGUCGACUUCGGCGGGGUCAUCGUGGGCGGCGCGGGGAAGCAGCCGCUGACGCUCGUGAACCGCUCGCUCGUCCUCGGCGCGGUCGUGCUCGACCUCACGGAGCACCAGGAGCUGUCGCUCGAGCUCCCGAAGGAGGCGUGGUCCGCGGCGACGUACGACCAGUGCCCGGUGCAGAUUGUGCGCGAGACCAAGGGCCGCGGGGCGCAGGACGGGCAGGUGGUGCGGCGGCGGUCGUCGAUCCUGACGCAGAUCUUCGAGGGCGGGCAGAAGUACCGCAUCUCCGUCGCGGCGGCCAGCACGCUCCCGCUCGUGCUCGUGCACCGCCCGCGCGAGGUGGGCCCGCGCACCAUGAAGGUGGUCCUCCGGGACCUGAACGGGGACCUGUUCGCGGAGAAGGUCGAGGAGCACGCGGACCAGGACAAGGCCGGCGAGAGCAAGACGUCGCGGCCCAGCUCGCGCGUGGGCACGGCGGCGUCUGGCGCCAGUCGGCGCAGCAACCUGGGCGGGCGGCGGGGGACGGCCACGGGGCGCGGCAAGGAGUCGGCCGUCGAGCGCGGCACGGAGAGCCCAGUGAAGCUCCCGGCGCCGAUCCACUCGGCGACGGUGAGCACGCUGGCCAUCGAGCCCAAGCUGCUGCUGUCGGACACGCACGUGGACUUCGGGAAGCGCGUGGUGCUGCGCGGGACGACGGCGUCGCACCCGUACACGCAGGUCGUCACCAUGGUCUCCCGCGCCCAGCGCCCGCUCGACUUCCUCUUCAGCGCGCCCCAGGCGGACCCCAAGGGCACCUCGCUGUCGACGGUGUACAGCAUCACGCCCUCGGAGGGCGUCCUGCAGCCCGACACGCCCCUGCGCCUCACGGUGUCGUUCCGCCCCACGGAGCCCGGCGCGUGCCCCGCGCGCGUGUCGCUGUACGUCGAGAACGACCUGGACACCCGGUACCUGGAGCUGCACCUGGGCGGCGUGGGGACGCUCCCGCGGCUGCGCUUCGACAUCGACGAGCUGCUGCUGCCGCCCGUGCCGCUCGGGCUGAAGAGCACGGCGCAGUUCUUCGUGAUCAACGACGGGUACGACAACCUGGACCUGAAGGUCAACGUGCCGGUGGACAAGGACCACAUCCCCAUCUCGCUCGAGUUCCCGGAGGGCACGAUGAUCGGCGUGGCGAAGGAGCGGCUCCCCGUGGUGGUCACGUUCUGCUCGGACGUGGCCACGGGCUUCACGAGCGCGCUGGAGUUCAUGGACUUCGAGGGGCACAGCUACCGCCUGCCGGUGUCGGGCAUCGCGGACAACAGCAUCCUCACGACGAGCGAGUUCAUCGGGAAGAACCGCGACCGCUUCGACCUCUCGCGCCCCGGCCGCGACGGCCGCAUCAUGCUCAACACCGAGCUGCUCUUCAACCUGCCCAACCCCGCCAUCCUCCAGUGCAUCGGCCCGCAGCGCCCCAACCAGUUCUUCGUGCGCUACCUCAACGCCACCACGAUGCUCGGCCCCUUCAAGGACGUCAUCCAGGACUGCCGCUCCACCCGCGGGCGCGUCUUCCUGGACAUCAUCGAGCUCCUCUCCGGCAAGCCCGUGCAGGGCCGCGUCAAGCAGCUCCCCGCCAACCGCCGCGAGGCGCUCGACAUCGUCGUGCGGCAGUACGACACCGUGCUGACCUUCCUCAACGGGUGCGGCGGGCUCGUCAACUCGGUCAAGCCCGAGUACCUGCUGGACGAGGAGGACCUGACGCGGCUGCUGUCCAUGCGCGGGAAGCCCGACGACGACGAGAACGAGCACCUGUCGUUCUGGGAGCAGGUCGAGUCGAGCUUCCGCGACGUGUCGGAGCAGGCGUGGAACGCCGUGCUGGCGCAGCUGGCGCGGCUCUUCAUCGUGUCGCGGUGCUCGCCCAAGAGCCUCCGGGGCAACCACCGGGCCGACUUCGGGCUCACCAACCACGUCGAGCGCGCCCUCGUCGCCAGCAACAUCUACAGCGCCGGCGAGAUGGUCCUCCUCCGCUGGUCCUCGCACCUGAUGCACGCCGAGUUCCCCGCGCUGAUCGACUGGCAGCUGCGGAACUUCGAGUCCGACUUCGUGGACGGCCUCGCGCUGUACGCGAUCCUCGCGAAGCACUGGGAGGCCCUGUCGCGGUUCCGCGCGCAGAUCUGCACGCCGCCCGACGGGGCCACGCGCGAGGAGCUGCACGAGGAGCAGAGCAUGGCCAACGCGUCGGUGGUGUGCGACAUGCUCAAGGCGCUCGAGCUGCCCUUCGAGAUCCGGCCGCAGGAGAUCCUCGCGCCCGUCGGGCAGGAGAUGGUGAUCUUCCUGGCGUACCUGUACCAGAUCCUGCCGCAGCUGGAGCCGCAGGCGGAGAUCCUGUUCGACGCGCGGCUGAACGAGGUGCAGGAGCGGUACGUGGAGCUCAACAACCCGAGCAACAAGUCGAUCUCGUACUACGCGCGCCUCGAGGGGCACGCGGACUUCGAGCUGGUCACCUCGACGCUCUACCUGCAGCCCAAGAGCAAGGGCGCCUUCCCCGUGCGCUGCAAGAGCACCAUCUCCAAGCCCGUCACGGGGCACCUCGUGCUCGCGUCCAAGCGCGACGGCACCGCGCACGGCGCCACGCUGGUCUUCGCCCUCAAGAGCAUGGUCAACACGCAGGCGCCCGUGCAGUCGCUCGCCAUCGAGGGCGUCACCUACCAGAUGGACUCCGUCGAGGUCGAGAUCCGCAACCCCUUCCCGGGCGACUGCGACUUCACCAUCCACCUCGAGCAGUCCUCGGCGGGGGUGACCAGCCGCAUGAAGCAGCUCCAGCCGCUGCGCACCGUGCGGGGCCGCGCCGGGAAGGAGGCGGACGAGAAGGCGGAGAAGGCGGCCGAGAAGGACGGCGCCGCGCAUGAGAAGGGCUCGAACGCGUCGCACAACGGCGAGGACGCCCACGCGCGCACCGUGCAGGUGAUCCAGCCCCUGGAGAUGCCCGACCCGAAGGUCGUGCUGUCGCAGGGCGGGAAGCAGGAGAUCGCCGCGGAGCGGUACCCGCUCGCGUUCGGCUGCGAGCGCCAGCGCCUGCGCCUGCGGCAGGGCGCGUCGGACAAGGUGGACAUUGCCUUCCUGCCGUUCUUCCCCGGGCAGCACACGUGCCACGUGGUGCUCGAGGACCAGAACUUCGGCGUGUUCCGCGUGGAGAUCGCCGGGAACGCGAAGCAGCCGGCCCCGCUCCAGCGCCUGACGUUCCAGGUGGAGCAGGAGGGCAACGCGGUGCACGACGUGGCGCUGUCCUACUCGAACAACCUGUGCGAGAGCGCCAAGCGCACGUUCCUCGAGCGGCACCCGCUGGCGAAGAGCGAGGUCGAGACGGCCAAGCUCAAGGCGCUGGACACGGUCCGCGGGCACAACAUGGUGUACUCGCUGGACCAGGCCAACGCGUUCAUCAAGGCGCCGCGGUACGUGGUGCUGCGCGGGAGCAAGACGCAGGGCGCGAAGGACCUCGACAUCACGCCGCUCGCGGGGGAGUCGGGCGGCAACAGCGUGCGCCUGGAGCUGCUGCCCAAGGGCCCCGGGCUGUACCCGACGACGAUCACGAUGGUGUCGCUGCACGACAUCCGCGUGUACGAGGUGACGUUCGAGGCGGUCAAGGGCGGGAUGUCGGCGAAGCUGGACUUCGAGGCGCCGUGCCGGCACCAGGUGGUGCAGGAGAUCCCGCUGAACAACGAGGGGGACAAGGCGCUGCAGAUCAAGGCGGUGAUCUCGGGGGAGUGCUUCGUGGGGCCGAGCCAGCUCAACGUGGACGUGGGGCAGACCGUGAUGUACCCGAUCGCCUUCCGCGCGUUCGCGCAGGGCAAGUUCUCGGGGCGGCUGGAGCUGCAGAUCACGCAGACGGGCGAGACCAACACGUACGACCUGUCGGGCGUCGCGCUCGCGCCGGUGGCGGAGGAGAACAUCCUGAUCGAGUGCCAGGCGCGCACGCGGACGGCGGUGACGCUCAGCGUGCCCAACAUCAAGGCCAGCAAGUGCACCUACAACGUCCUGACCGACCUGGACGUGGUGUCGGGCCCGCCGACGCUGGACAUCCCGGGGUCCGGCAAGGCGACGUACACGCUGCAGGUCAAGCCCGUGAAGAGCGGGAUCCAGAAGGGCACGGUCACGUUCUCGCUGGACGAGAAGAACUACGUGUGGUACACGCUGGAGCUGCACGUGGACCCGCCGCCGCCCACGGACGCCAUGGUGGUCGAGUGCGAGGUGCGGCAGGCCGUGCAGCUCGACGUGCCGCUGCACAACCCGCUCGAGACGCCCGUGGAGAUGGACGUGGACAUCGAGAGCAAGUCGCUCCUCGGGCCGCGCAAGAUCAAGCUCGGGCCCAUGGAGCGCACCGUGUACAAGCUCUUCUGCUCGCCGCUCACGCCCGGGCCGGAGUACGCCAAGGUCACCUUCCGCAGCGACGACCUGGGCGAGUUCUGGUACACGGUGGACGUGGAGGCCACGCCGGCCAAGCCCGAGGCGCUGCCGCCGCUGCAGUGCCAGCUGGGCAAGUCGUCGCGCACGACGAUGCGCAUCACGAACCCGCUGCGGCACGACGUGACGCUGGCCGCCGCGUCCUCGAGCCGGUCGUUCGUGCUGCUCAGCGACAAGCUGACGCUGCCCGCGUUCGGGCACGGCGAGGCGGUGGUCGAGUACCGCCCGACGAGCGUGGGCGUGUGGGAGUACGGCAAGGUGCACUUCGAGCACUCCGAGGCGGGCCUGUGGGAGUUCCAGGUGUCGGGCCUGGGGGAGCCCCCCGGGCUGGUGGACGAGGUGCUCAUCACGGCCGAGGUCGGGCAGAGCGGCACGGGCAUGGCGCUGUGGACGAACCCGCUCGACAAGGCGGUCACGGUGGACGUGGAGCUCGAGGCGCUGGACGACGAGGAGGGCGCCGUGCGGCUGCUGCUCAAGCGCACGCUGGGCAUCACGGUGCUGCCCGGGAGCACGCUGCAGAUCCCGAUCAGCUUCACGCCGCUGGAGCACGCGGAGUACCGCGCGGAGGUGCAGGUCGUGCUGGACCCGGGCGAGCACGACGAGGACCUCCUCAUCUGGCGGUACAGCAUCGUGGCCGCCGCCGAGGCGCAGCACAUGGGCGUGCUGUUCGACCUGGCGUGCAAGGCGCGCGAGGCGGUCGAGACGGACUUCACGGUCGCGCUGCCGGGCCUGCGCACGCUGGACCCGGCGGGCGAGGAGUUCGAGCUGUCCUUCGAGGGCCUGGACGAGGGCCUGGAGAAGAGCCUCGAGGUGCUCAAGGCGACGGACGGCAUCACGUCGCCCGAGGAGCCGCUGAGCUUCCGCGUGCGGUUCACGCCGAUGGUCCCGAUGAGCAAGACCGUCGCGGCGGUCGUGCGGCGCGUGUCGGGCAGCAGCGGGCGGUGGCGGUUUGACGUCAAGCUGACGGUGGCGGCGCCGGACAGCGACGGCAAGGUGGUCAUGGAGGCCAAGGUGGGCACGACGCACAUCGCGCCGAUCUGGAUCUUCGCGCCGGGCGACACCCCCGUGCCCUUCGAGGCCAGGUUCGCCCCCAACACCGCCGCGGAGUUUGUGCUGCUGGUGGAGGACAUGUCGACCGAGCUGCCCGUGCGGCCCAGCUCGGCCGCCGAGGAGGACCUGGACCUCCCGGACGACGACGCGCCGAUCAAGGUCGGGUACACGCCCGUCAUGUACGGCGCGAAGCCCUCGGGCACGCUGGUGGUGACCUUUGCGGGCGAGUCGCGGAGCAUCAAGCUCGAGGGGAGGACGCCGCAGUACGUGCGCCCGAACCGCUCGAGGAUGAAGUCGACCAUCGACACGGGCAUGCGCGGCGGCGGCCUCGCGCCGGGCAAGUCGUCGUCGCGGCGGGCCUUUGCCGGGGGGGCCGCGGGCGCGGCGCCGGGCAAGCGCAUGAACUACGUCGCCGCGAACGCGCGCAAGACGCUCGGCGUCAUUCGCCGCAUGCGUGGCGACUCCCAACUGCAGGGCGAGGCCUCUUUCGCGUCCGAGCGGCGCGGCGCACCGGGGCCGGGGCCGGGGCCGCGGCAGGGUGGGCAGGCGGUCAGGCUCUCAGAGCACGACGCGCGGGUCUCCGCGAACUCGCAACACAGCGUGAGCGAGCGGGACUGGCAGGAGAACCCGGACUUCGGCCGCGUGGUGUCCGAGCGCGCGCCCCCGCAGCAGGCCAACCCCAAGAAGAUGAGCUACCUCGUGCCGCACCGGGACGCGUCGUCGCGCGACCACUCGAGCAGGCCGGCCUUCGACCUGCCGCCGGCCGCCUCGGCGCCCGCUCCGAGCCCCGGGCAGCCCCCCGCCGGGGCCCACCACGUGCGCCUGCUCCCCAAGGUGGUGGCGCAGGGCGCGGGGCGGAAAUCCGUGGUGUUCCGCUGA